CAAACAAUUACAUCUAUCAUAGAUUUAAGAUUUAUGUUAACAUUAAAAAACAAUUUUGUAAAUAAUUUUUUUAUAAGUGUUAUUUUUUACAGAAUGUCUAAGGCAACUAAACGUAAACAUGUGCAGAAAGAAAUGCUUACUGCUGAUUGGAAUGGUCCAGUAGACAAUCAACGCAUUGUUCGCAUAAUUGCUGGUCGUGGAAAUAAUCUUCAUGAAGUAUUCUCAGUUGAAGACAAUGAAACAUUCUUAGUUUCAAUGCCAGCUAAAUUCAGACGAAAUGUAUGGGUAAAACGUAAUGAUUAUGUCGUCAUUGAACCAAUAGCUGAAGGAGACAAGGUACGUGGUGAAAUCGUACGCGUGUUGACCAAAGAGGACAUGAAACUAAUGAAACAGAAAGGAUGGGGGAAAGAAGACAAUAAUUAUGAUAUUAAACCAAAUACUAAUCGGCCUGUUGUUACUACGAUCAGUGAUUUGAGUGGUACUGACACAGACACUGAUCAUGAUGACCCUUCAGAAGAUACAGAUUAUUCUUCGUGAUCACUAAGACAAGUAUUUAUAUACUUAUAAUUUUUAUACAUGUAUUUUUGUGCCAAACAAAGACUUCUGUUAUUAAAACAUUAUGUGAUUUAUAUAUUAAGCUUCAAUUUGAAAAGUAAAUACAUUUAAGUAAUUGUAAGUACUAUUGAAAAUUGUAUAAUACUUUAAUAGUGUAUUAUAAGUAAUUGUAAUGAUUUGUUCGUUAUGAAAUCAAUUGAAUUUUUUUUAUUAUACAA